AUGGCUUCUGCUUCACAUCAAGACGAGCCUGGGGAUACGCAACACGACCAGGACCCUGAGGACCGCCAGUUGCCUUCACACCCAGUCUCACCAACAGACCGUCGAACCCUUCCAGGUUUUGCAUCGCUGGAAACCCCACCUUUGCUCUCACCGCACCUGAGUAUACCGCCUCCCACAGCUCCAAAUACGGAGUUAAGGCUCCUCAUCAAGUACCUGGAGGAAUCUCGACAGGCCGAGUUGGCUGCACGUCGGAGAGAGGAAGAACAACGUCAUGAAGAGGAACAACGUCAUCACGAAGAGGAUCUACGCCGCCAAGAGGACAACUUAAGAAGAGAGGAGGAAGCUCAACGUUUCACCGCAUUGUUGCAGCUACUUAGCGUCAAUUCAGCCCAGCAGCAAGCAACACCAGCGGACUCGCAACAACUUCCCACACAAUCCUCAGUGCCAUCGUCCACCCAGCCACCACCCCCACAGAAAGCCAUCGCCCAGACCCCGCCGCCCUUACGUCCUGAUGCCACAUACCAAGUGUUCAGGGAAUGGCGUAGACGCUGGGAUGACUACAGUGUGAUGGUGGACUUAGGGACAUUACCUACCAGGAAACAGAUGAUACAGCUUCGUAUGUGCCUCAGCCUGGAGACCCAAAGAAUACUCGAGCACACACUCAACGUACCACCAGACACGGAUUGGAGUGUUGACGAGGUCUUGAAUAUUCUCCAGGAACACAUCAAGAACCUGCGGAAUGAAGCUCUACGACGCAGGGACCUGCUCUCCUGCAAGCAGAGGGAAGGGGAAAGCUUCAGCGACUUCUACGUCCGACUGAAGCAUGUAGCAGAGGAAAUCGACGUCUGUCCUGGCCAUUCUGCUGUGUGUGAGGAGACUCAGCUGAAGAUGAUCAUUAUCAUGGGAGUCAGGGACGAGGAGCUCACUCAGAAACUCAUUGCCCUGGACGCUGCAGCUUCAUUGGCCACCAUGGUUAACGAAUGUCGCUCCUAUGAGGCCACACGGACAGCCACUACAGCCAUACGUGCCCCUCCUUCUAAAUUGUGUGCCGUCUCCACGUAUAAAAAAAUCAAAGGACAUGGCAACAGGGGUUCUACCUCGCUACCAACCCCUAACAAGGACACUUUAUGCCCUUCCUGCACAAGGAAGCACAGCUCAACAGGAAAGUGCCCAGCCAACGACAGUGUAUGUGUAAACUGUGGCUGCAAAGGACACUGGCGCAGGACGCCAAAGUGCCCCGCCAACAAGGCCACAUGCAGACACUGCUGCCGAGUGGGCCACUAUGACAAGUACUGCCAUCAGCAGAUGAACGCCAAGCAGGGCGGCCCGCCCAAUGCCACGCCCCCUUCUAGCAAGCCCUCUAGCUGUUGCAAGGUCGAGACUCCUUCUUCAUCAACUGACUCCUCACCAUCACCUAUAUCCAUCGCCCUCACCUACAGGGGUGAGACAUCGAAGUUAAUGAUGCUGCCUGACACAGGAGCUGAUGUAUCAGUGAUGGGCCCCCAGCACUUGGAACUCCUUCGCAUUCCCAGGACUGAGCUACAGCCUCCUGCAACAUCAGUGACACUCACGGCAGAUGGGUCAAAGAUGACACCUGCUUUAGGAACCCUUAAGGCCACCUUGUCCUUGGCCAAACGGUCCUGCCUCGUGACGAUUCAAGUCCACGAAUGCAUUCAGAUGCCACUCCUGUCCUAUGCACUUUGCAAGGAGUUGGCCAUCAUCCCGCCAGGCUUUCCGCGGCCCAUCCUACAGGUCACCCACGUCAAUCGAUGCAAGGAGCUACCCCUGCAUGCUGACACGACCCCUGCUGAGGCCCGAGAGUAUUUCUUACAAACCUUUCAGGACGUACUCGUGUCAAAGGAAGACCUUAAAACAGCUCCACUGAGGCCGAUGGCCGGCCCUCCCAUGAAAAUCCACCUUAAGGAAGACGCGGUCCCUUUCGCCAUCCACACCCCAAGGCAGAUACCCUACGCUUUCCGCGAACCUGUCAAGAAUGAACUAGACUCCAUGGUACAACAGGGAAUCAUUAAGCCUUGUGGAGAUGAGCCAUCGGAAUGGUGCCACCCUUUAGUCGUCGUUCCUAAGGCCAAGGGAGUUCGAAUCACAGUGGAUCUCACAAAGCUGAACGCACAAGUCUCCCGUCCAGCCCACCCUUCGCCCACGCCCUUAGCUGCUGUCCGUGCUGUCGACUCUACCGCCAAGUUCUUCACCACCGCGGACGCUCUACAUGGCUACUGGCAGAUGGAGCUAGCAGAAGAGGACCGCCACCACACCACUUUCAUUACGCCUUAUGGACGCUUCCAGCAUUGCCGGGGACCUAUGGGCUUCGCUGCCACUGGUGAUGCCUAUUGUUACCGCGGUGACCUAGCUCUCCAAGGCAUGAAGAAGUGUGUCAAGGUUGUUGAUGACAUUCUCAUCUUCGACGAUGACCUACUGACACACUACCACAGGAUCCACGAAUUGCUCACCCGCUGCCGCAAAAAUGGCAUCACUCUCACAAAGAAAGUUCACAGUGGCAGAGACCAGAGUGAAUUUCUGUGGCUUCACCCUCUCUGA